AUGUUUCAAACUUUAUAAUUAGAAUAUGUAAAUCCUCAUAUAGCACACAUAAAAUUAAAUCGUCCAAAUAAAAGAAAUGCCAUGAAUUUAAAAAUGAUUGAAGAAAUUCCUUAGAUAAUUUAGGAGUUAAAUAACAAUUCUAAUUUGCGCUGUAUAAUAAUAACAGGUAACGGUAAACAUUUUUCUUCUGGAAUAGAUCUAAAAGACUCAGUGUUUUAAAAAGAAAUAGAAGGUUUAGAUAAUGCCCGAAAAGGAAUAAAAUUAUAUAAUAUUAUAAAAGAGUUAUAAGAAUCUAUGACAUCUUUAGAGAAAAUAAACAUUCCAAUUUUAAUGGGGGUGCAUAACGCAUGUUUAGGCUUAGCUUGUGAACUUAUUUUAGCUGCAGAUUAUAGAAUUUGCACAAAAAACUCUUUUUUUGAAUUUAAAGAAGUUGAUUUGGGAAUCGCAGCUGAUAUGGGAUUAAUUUAAAGGCUUUAAAUAAAUUGCGGAAAUCAAAGUUUAGUAAGGGAAUUAAUAUUUUCAGGAAAUCGAUUUGAUUCACAAACAGCUAUAUAAUUAGGAUUAGUAUCUUAAGUUUAUGAAAAUGAAGAAAUUAUGGUUUAAACUUUAGUUUAAAAAGCUAUAUUAAUUUCUGAAAAAAGCCCUGUUGCUAUUUGGACAAUAAAAAAUAUGCUUAAUAAAUAAAAACAUGAUAUAAUUUUAAACAAUUUGGAUUAUUUAGCUAGAAUUAAUGUUUCUUCUAUUUAAACUACUGAUAUUUAGGAAGCUUUAAAUGCUAUUUUAUUAAAUAAACAGCCUUAAUAUCCAAAAUUAUGA